CUCGACCGAAGGAACGAAGUGGCUCGACCGAUAGGGAGAGGAACGAAAUUGCUCACAUUUGAAUUAGAACAAGAAGGAGAGGGGGAGAGUGAGCCCGAAGGUUUAGAAUAUGUUCGACCGUUGGGAGAAGGUGCGAAGUUGCUCGACUGAAAGGUUAAAGACGGCCUAUGAUCUCACGGCGAGGGAGGAUGAUACAGGUACCGCUUCGCACCCGGUGUGGCGCGCCAUUUGGAAGGCCCCUGUUGCUAGACGAAUCCAAGCCUUCUUAUGGCUAGCUACUCAGCAACGCUUAUUAACAAACCAUGAGCGGCAACGGCGGCACCUGACACCCACGGCGAUAUGCCCCAUUUGUGGAGGAGGACCCGAGAACAAUGCUGCAUGUCCUUCGGGACUGUCCCUAUGCUCGAGCAGUGUGGGCAGUAUUCCUUGAUGAGGAAACAGACUCGACAUUUAUCCAGGAAGAAAGACCCGUUCCGUUAGAUAGGAACAUAUUUGAUAAAUAUUGAUAACUCUCGGAUAGAGUCUUCGAGCGGAAACAUCGAUUAGAGGCCCUAAUCAUACACGGCCUUUCCAGGUCAUUCUACAGCUUUCUCUCUAUCUUUUGUAUUUUCGUCUCUUUACGACUAAAGAAGAAAAAGAGGAAAAAAGUCGCCAUCCGUACUAUAAUAGAAUAGAGUCCCCCCU